AUGUCAGGAUUCGAGAUUGCUGGCGCUGUUCUAGGUGGCUUCCCAAUUCUUCUCAACUGCAUAGAUUAUUAUCACACAGCCCUUGAGCCGAUGGACAAUUGGUGGCACUUCCGAGAUUAUUUCAUCCACUUUGUCGACGAUAUCAGGCACCAAAGAAUGAAAUAUCAUGAUAAUCUCAUUCGACUUCUCGACCCUAUCAUUCCUGAAAAUGAGAGUCUUAUGACCUUGAUAGGAGACCCCACCGAUGUGCGAUGGAAGGACGGUAGCCUUGAGGACCAUUUGAAGGACCGUUUCCCAAGUGAGCUGGACCGCUUCCUUCGAACCAUCGAGAGGAUGCACGAGGUGAUGUUGGAGCUCUAUAAGAUUCUUCAAAUUCAAGAUGGAAAGGUUAUUCUUUCCAAAUUCCGUUAG